AUGACCAUGCCUUGUCCUGCACGAGAUGAAUUCCAGAUCGGUUGGAUCUGUGCCCUACCUAUUGAGGCGGCCGCAGCCAAGGAAAUGCUCGACGAAGACUUUGGAAUCCUCGAAGAACAAGAUGCUGCGGAUACAAACUCAUAUAGAUUGGGUAAAAUUGGGAAACACUAUGUCGUGAUCGCCUGCCUGCCCGCAGGACAAUAUGGAGCCUGUGCAGCUACGACAGUCGCAAGCAACAUGGUCCGCACAUUCUCAAAAUCGUUACGGAUUGGUCUGAUGGUCGGCGUCGGAGGAGGGAUCCCAUCCCCCGAUCAUGAUAUACGGCUCGGCGAUAUCGUGAUUAGCUGCCCGACAGGCACUUGUGGAGGCGUGAUUCAGUAUGAUAUGGGCAAGGUCACUGCGGACGGUGUAUUUUGCCGAACUGGCUCUUUGAACAGUCCUCCCAGAUCAUUAUUAACAGCAGUUAGCCAGAUGAGGGCUGCUGAGCUAGCCGAUGACCCCCUCUAUCUGAAAUAUCUUCAAACAGCAAUCAGGAGGACCCGACGAACCCAGAAAAACUUUGGCCGACCCAGUUCACAAAGCGAUCGAUUGUUCAAAACCAAGCACGAACAUCCUGGUACUCUGAAAAACUGCGAUAUGUGUUCGAGAGAUUGGGAAGAGACUAGGAGUGAACGGGACAGCCAGGAACCGCUGCCACAUUAUGGUAUUAUUGCUUCGGGAAAUUCCGUUAUCAGGCACGGUGGCACAAGAGAACAGCUCCGUUUGGAAUCUGGGGCGCUGUGUUUUGAGAUGGAGGCAGCAGGCUUGAUGUUAGACUUCCCUUGCAUUGUCAUCCGUGGCAUCUGCGAUUACUCUGAUUCGCACAAGAACAAGCAGUGGCAGGGAUAUGCAGCAUUGGCGGCUGCGUCAUACACGAAAGAGUUGCUCGGUUACGUGCCCUGUGGCCAGGUGUCACAAGAGAUUCUUGCAGUAGAUGUAUGCAGCUCCAUAGAAAAUUUAACUCAAGAAGUCAAAGGCACAAAUCAACGUCUGGACACGGCAUACGACCAACAAGAACGGCACUAUCGCGAACAAACAGCUAGAGUCCUGACCGAACAGCAACAGAAGUGUCACCAAGUAUUCAAGACAUCAAACUAUGAGCAGCACAAAGACAUUAAUCCAGGUCGUGUACCAGGGACAUGCCAAUGGGCUUUGCAAAAUCCACAUUAUCUCCAUUGGUGGAAUAGUCGCUGCAAUGAUUUUCUGUGGAUAUCAGCAGAUCCUGGCUGUGGAAAAUCCGUUCUGGCUAAAUCACUUAUCGAUGAUGACCUCGGAGCAUCUAGUUCAACAGUGUCAAUUUGUUACUUUUUCUUCAAGGACAAUGGUGAGCAGAACAAUCUCGCUACAUCAUUAUGUGCCAUACUUCAUCAGCUCUUUAGCCAGCAGCCAAAUCUGCUACAGCAUGCUUUGCCAUCGUGGGAAAGGAAUGGGAACAAGCUCCAGCAAGAGGCUGGUGAACUCUGGCGGAUCUUUAUAGCGGCCACAUCAGAUCCUGCGUCGGCCAAUACCAUAUGUGUGCUCGAUGCGCUUGAUGAAUGUCAUCCAGAUGAUCAAAAACAACUCAUCCACAGACUCGAGGACUUUUGCCAUCGAACUGAUCCAUCGACACUUAAGACCUGGUUGAAGUUUCUGGUUACCAGUCGUCCUUAUGAUGAAGUCAAGGACAAAUUCAAAGCUAUCAGAGAUUCCUUCCCACACAUACAUCUCAAAGGGGAGGAAGAAAACGAUCAAAUCCGUGAGGAGGUUAAUCUGGUUGUAAGGAUGAGAGUGAAGGAGCUGGCCGAGACGGCAUCACUAUCAUCUGAUGUGCAGCAGCGUCUCGAGCAUCAACUUCUUCAAAUGGAACACCGCACGUAUCUGUGGUUAUAUUUGGCCAUUGACGAUAUCCGCACUACAUUAAAAUACAGCCUUUUACCCGCUGAGGAAUCAGUUCGACUGAUACCUCCCUCCGUGGACGCGGCAUACGAAAAGAUACUUGCUCGAGUUCCAUCCAAUCAAAUCCAUACAGUGAGAAAAAUCCUCCAGAUUAUUGUUGGUGCACGGCGUCCCUUGACAACACAAGAGAUGGCUAUGGCAUUGGGCAUAGCUUUAUCGCCGAGGUCGCAAACCGCCGCAGAAGCUGGAAUCAACCCAGUAAGAUUAGCCAAGAGGAUACGACAACUGUGCGGUCUCUUUGUCUUUAUCAACAAUUCAAAGAUAUACCUUAUCCAUCAGACAGCCAGGGAGUUCCUUGUCUGCAGGGAUUUGGCCAGCAAUCCUAAUUCCAUCUACGCUUUCAAGCAAACAGACGCUGAGAAACUGAUGUCUCAGGUCUGCCUACAAUACUUAUUAAUGGAUGAUCUGGAACAAUCAUAUUCAGAGAACCAAAGACUUCUGGAAUAUUCAGCAGUGCAUUGGGCAGACCAUGUACGAAAUGUAUCCCUGACGCAGCAACACGAAAUUGACGAUCUGUUACAUCGCAUAUACGAUACAGCCAAAGCUCAUUUCGCAGUUUGGUUCCCAAUAGUUUGGAUGAACGCAGAUAUGUUUUGGGACGCGCUAGAAAUAUUGCCAGACACGGCGCCACAUAUGGAUCCAAUCCAUCUCGCAGCUUUUAACGGGCACACGCGAAUGGUCAUGAAAUUACUUGCUGAAAAUAGAAACAGCAUAGAUGAGGGAGAUAAUACAGGAUGGAAUGCGUUGAUGUGGGCCUCGCUGAAUGGAGAUGAAGAGGUUGCUGAGUUGCUGCUAGAACUAGGAGCAGAUGCCAACGUCCAAGGUGGAGAGUGUGGUAGUGCACUGCAGGCUGCUUCAGUGGGAGGGCAUGAAGAGGUUAUACAGGUGCUAUUGGAGCAGGGGGCUAAUGCUAACGCCCAGGGUGGAUUUUAUGGUAAUGCCCUGCAGGCUGCUUCAAUAGGAGGGCAUGAAAAUAUUGUACAGAUGCUAUUGGACCAUGGAGCUAAUGCCAACGCCCAGGGUGGGGUUUAUGAUAAUGCACUGCAGGCUGCUUCAAAAGGAGGAUAUAAAAAGCUUGUACAGGUGCUAUUAGACCAUGGAGCUGAUGCUAAUGCCCAGGGUGGACUUUAUGGCAAUGCACUGCAGGCUGCUUCAAUGGGAGGACAUGAGAAGGUUAUACAGAUGCUAUUGGACCACAGAGCUGAUACUAAUGCCCAGGGUGGGUUUUAUGGUAAUGCACUGCAGGCUGCUUCAAUGGGAGGACAUGAAAAGGUUGUACAGGUGCUAUUAGACCAUGGAGCUGAUGCUAAUGCCCAGGGUGGAGACUAUGGUAAUGCACUGCAGGCUGCUUCAAUGGAAGGACAUGAAAAGGUUGUACAGGUGCUAUUGGACCACGGAGCUGAUGCUAAUGCCCAAGGUGGAGGAUAUGGCAAUGCACUGCAGGCUGCUUCAGUGAAAGGACACAAAAAGGUUGUACAGAUGCUGCAAGCAGCAAAUCUACCUGCAAAGUGA